UCUUCGUCGGACCCUAACUUUCUCACGGCUUCCUCGACCAAAGUGAGAGUGAGAUGAGGAGGAGACGGAGGAGGACCAACGCUUCUCCAGUAAAUAACAUUUUACUGCGAACACUAGAACACAUCGCAGCUGAGCGCGGUGGAUAAACGGGAUGGAAGAUAAUACACCAAACAGUUGUGCCCCUCUUCCCCUCUGCACUCUGCGCCUCCUGAUCCCACCGAUUCGACUGGUCUCGGCGGCGAUCUGGCAGACCAUCCAGCAGAAAGUUGUGGCCGAUUAUGGGAUGCUGGAGGAGUUUGUUUUCGUGGUUACAGACAUCGUUCCAAAGCUACUCACCCCACGCCAGAGGGCCCAACUCAUCAUGGGCCUUAGAGCGCGGCUGAUCCUGGAGUUAUGUCAGUUUGAAGCUACUGCCGACAUCAGGCUUGUUCAGCCACACCUGGACAGAGUGCAAACACUCAUCGAGGCGUGGGUGGUAGAGGGAUGUGCCUCAAAUAUGAAAGUGCCACACUCCAAAUUCGUGGAUCUAGUCCAGAACUUGCUGAAAAAUCGCGAUGAAAGGGAACACUUCUUUCAGAACGUUUUCCCCGUAGAGUUUGGUCCCGCCUAUGACGACGCACUGCACGACUUGAUGUGGUUGUUUCUGUCCAGGCUCGAGCAGUUUCUUCCUCUCCAAACGUUCCAACAGGUUUCCUCCAUGUUUGGUGAGGCGUCGUCGGUUCUUGAUGAAUGUAUGGACUCUGUGUCUCGAUGCAGGGAGCUCAAAACCCUGCUGCAGUAUCAGAAAGACCUCGGCCAACUGGAUCACAAUGAUGGUUCCUUGGAUGGGACCUGCAUUAUUUCAGCUCUCAAACUCUCCCUUGAAGAAAGAACUGCGACCGAUAAACCACAAGCUAACAUCUUGGAUAGUACGCUAUCGUGUGCAUCUGAUUUGGAGAAGGGAUCGUUGACAUUGUCUCACGACACAAGCACAGAAGAUCAGAUGAGUGGGAUGAAGGUUGAUGAGACCAGUGUGACUCCUGGGGAAAAGGGAACAGGGGUGCCUUUGGGAGGUGCUACAAGGCAUGAGGAAAACGCAGGGCUUGUUAAACGCCAAGCGGAGAAGGCCCCUCGGCUUCUCAAACAAUGCCGCGUUCGGCUAAAAAGACUGGACAUGCCGCCGCAGACCCGCCCUGUGAGACGAAACCGAGGCCUGCGGAUGAAAAAGAUUCUGUUGGAAGAGAAACAAGGUCUUUGUGAAGAGGACCUCCCCGCCUACAAAUCGUCUCCCAGGAAAACGAAGCCCUGCAGUAGGGCUCGUUUACACAACGAGGAGUCGAGCGGCUUCAGCAAAGUCGACUCCUCGUAUAUGGCUCCCAUCAACGGUUGCAGUGACGACUCGUGGUCUUACUACUCCGAUGAGGACUCUUGCCACAAGACUGCAGGUAGUAGUCCGAGUAUGGCUGAUUCGUGGUCUGACUACUCGGGCGACGAAUCUCCGUUUGUGACUCCUGUCGGUAGCUCUACUGAAGGGGAUUUUAAUGAGGACCCUUCCUUUACUGGUCCCAAAAAGGUACCAGCUGCUGGCAGAAAGCCUGGCGUCGCCGACAUCAAAGCCGGCGCUCCCAAAAGGACCCGGAAAUUCCAGUGUUUCAUCUGCAAUGAGCCCGUGAGCACAGGCCUGAGGAGCCACAUGAAGACUCACUUCCCCUCCGGCGACUACGCCUGCCCUCGGUGCGACAGCAGGUUUAAGCUCUUCUCGUCGUUGAGGCUGCACCUGCACCGGACCUGCUUCGAGCACGUUCAGCAGCGGGUGGAUCCGGCUAAGUCGGGCGCAAAUCUUUUCAAGUGUGACGAGUGCGGCGAGGCUUUCGGGUAUAAAGUGUCCCUGGAAAGGCACAAACUGACCCACAAUGACCUCUACUGCGAGGUGUGCAGGAAGGUGUUGCGGGACCCAGCGACACUGGCGAGGCACAAGUCCUCCCACACACUGUUUCAGUGUAACCGCUGUGAGGAGACCUUCGCUCUUUUCAAGCCCUUGCUCAGGCACUGCGAGAACAUCCACCAAAUCAGGAGGCCGUUCAAAUGCAGCUACUGUCCCAAAGUUGUUGCCAAGAUGCGCGUUUUGAUCGCACACGAGUGGAAGCACACGGGCCACCUGCCGUUCCGGUGCGCCCUGUGUCACUUGAGGUUCAAAAGCGACGCAGCUCUCGCCUCCCAUGAGCGGGUCCACACGAGAGAGAGGCCCUACCUGUGCGCGGAGUGCGGUAAGACGUUCUCCCAGAGGUCCAACCUGCUGCGCCACUUGAAUUUCAUUCACAGCGAGGCUCGAAACAAGAAAAAUUAUUCCUGCAGCGAGUGCGAGAACUCCUUCAAGGAUAAAGGGGCCCUGAAGAAACACCAGAAGACCAAGCACCAGCGCGAGUUGUUCCGUCACCCGUGCCCUUACUGCGGAAAGAUGGUCUCUGUGUCUUCAAUUGCAAGACAUAAAUUGAUCCAUACGGGAGAGAAGCCUUUCAAAUGCACCGGGCCCGAGUGUGACAAGUGCUUCAGGUCAGCUUCUGAAGUGAAGAGGCAUGUCCUCAUACACCAUAGCAUGGAGAGACCGUUUAAAUGUGAUGUCUGUGGAAAGGGCUUCGUAAAAGUAUGUUAUCUCAACGCACACGCUAAAAUACACUCGGCGGAGAAGCCAUUUGUCUGUCAUUUCUGCGGCAAGGCUUUCCCCAAGCGCUACAACAUGCAACGACACAACAAACUUGUCCAUGCAUUUGUAACGCAUUAACUCUGCAUGGAACAAAUGCUCCAUUAAACGGCGGUGGCCGUUUAUUGACAAUUAAUUAAUUCAAUUCAUUGACAUUUUCAUAUAGGUUUGUAUUCAGACAUAAUAUUUUCUAAAAGCCUUAAAUAAAAA